AGAAACUAUGUCAUUGACUUCUGAUUUUACAUCCUCAGUCAUAUCAAAAACUGAAACAGAACCAACUGAGGUGAAUUCAAAUGUUUGGGAAAAUAUACAAGAUUAUAUGUCGGUUCACUCCUUUUGGUUUACAUCAUCCGGCUCUCUGUUAAUUGGUGUUCUGCUUGGUAUGCUCAUUAUGGGUUUAAUCUGCCGACAGUACAGCAGAAGGAUAUACAGAAUAUCCUCACCACGAGAACAAGUAUGCCAUAAAAUAACCAACAAUCGAGAUGAAGGACAAGGCAGCAAAGACAAAACAUUUGUUUCAGAAAGCAUCUAUGAGGAUCACGGCAAUGAAAAAAAUAUGCAUCGAAGCUUGGACGAAGUUCAAAAUCAGCAAGCGGAUAUCUAUAUGGUGAUGACUGGGCCCAAUACCAGAUGUCUCCAGACAAACAGUGAAACUUGCCAAGAGAACACCGAAGCCAUGUACAUUACGAUGACCUAAAUUCUAACAUUUCAAAGAUAUUUUAGGAAUACGAAAUGUUGUGCAUCAAAGUGCCCAAGGGAAAGUUGUUUAUGCAUGAUUUAGAAAUGGAACAUGAUGCAUGUUACAUGUAU